GCUGGCAUGGUGUUGAGGCUGACUUGAUUAUUGUGAUGGUGGCAGGCGUCAGCCAGUGACUACACACUUCCGCCACUGCUUCCCAUAUUCACGUUUUGCGCCGUCUGGACUCUUGAUGCCUCCCAGCAGAACUAAGCGACAUCCUUACCGGGAUUCCUUUCAAACCAAUAACCAUAUGACAUGCAAGUUCACUUGGAAACUCCGGAACCCGUUCGGUUCAAGCAUCAAAACUUUUUCUCUAAGGACAACACCGUAAAGCGGCGAGUGGACUGUUGCUGCUCGGCGGGACCGUUGGUGUCUGUUUGACCGCUGGGUGCCUUGUGUUCACACCGCGGUCGUAUUGUUGGCUUUCCGGUGGAGUUGUUGUUUGUAGCGGAGAGACGCUUCAUUGUCAAAGCCGCUCAUGUUAGCUCUUAUUUGUGUUCUCGGGAGCUGUUUGUUUUGGAACUGUGUUGAGGAGGGACGAAGACGAGGUCACUCGCGAGCUCUCCGCCGUACGACUGCAAGGCUCGUUGCCCUUUAAAGCUCCCGGUUGUCGCUCACUUCAGAGGCUGUUGCCGGUCCGACCUCCGGGCUGCAGCCUCAGCUGGCCGGCUGCUUGGGACCGUUCGCUACGGAGGACAGAGAGGGGGUGGACGGUAGGUAGUGGCGGGGGCGGCGGGAGCUAGUGAAGGCAAGCUGGACGUUGGAGAAAAGUUCCUUCAAAAUAGCAGCCACUCGGCCCAGUGAUGGGGGACUUCGCCUCCCCCGCUGCCGGACCCAACGGCAGUAUGUGCAUCAACAGCAGCAUGAACCCGGGCGCCGGGAACGCGGUGCCUGCCGGGGCCGCGGGCAUACCUAAGCACAGCACGGUGGUGGAAAGGCUGAGGCAGCGGAUAGAGGGCUGCCGGAGACACCACGUCAACUGCGAGAACAGGUACCAGCAAGCACACGCCGAGCAGCUGGAGAUCGAGCGCAGGGAGACGGUCAGUCUGUAUCAACGGACUCUGGAGCAAAGGGCCAAGAAGUCGGCGAGCGGGAGCGGCGGCAGUAAGCAGCCGCAGAUCAAACAGCCGGACCCGGACUCGGCCUCUUCCACGGAACAGAGAACUAACACGCUUAUAGCGCUCCAGGAGACGGUAAAAAGGAAACUGGACAGUGCACGAUCGCCACUCAAUGGAGAGCAGAAUGGCAUCUGUGAUGGAGGCAGCUACUCACCAACUAGCAAACGAUUACGGAAGGAGGGCUCUGGUGGUUUAGACUCACUAACAGGUCUUCCUAACAACAAUAACAACAACCUUCCACCCAUCUCUCCCCUGCACCACCAAAUAGACAUUAAGCCCCUACUCAGUGGUCCCAACACUUCCUCUGGAAACAGCACAAACAGCAAUGGUAACCAUGUAGGGCGGCCAGCAGAUGAGCUGGGGAAGAAUGGUGGUAGUCAUCUUUCAGACAUGAAGAUGAAUGGCUCACUAGACUUGGAGGAUAGCUUCAGCCUCCUCAAAGAACUGAAACAGGAACCGUUAGAUGAUGGAGGUGGAAUAGAGUCUUCGGAUCCCCAGUCUCUGUCCAAUCAGAACAAGCUCUUCUCUGACAUCAACCUCAAUGAUCAAGAGUGGCAGGAGUUAAUCGAUGAGUUGGCCAACACAGUGCCAGAGGACGAUAUGCACGACCUUUUCAAUGAGGACUUUGAAGACAAGAAAGAUGCCGAUUUUGGUAAGCCAGCAAACAAUCAGACUCCAGGACAACAUGAAGCUGUUGGAAAUACAACUGCACCUGCUGGGGGGGCCAUGCCACCAACAUCCCUUCUUCCCCCUGCUCAGCCUCCGCAGGGUGGUCCACAGGUGCCCAUGGGCUCACCGCAGGUUCGACCAUCAUCAUCAGGCCCACAGUUUGCAACCACUGCCAAUGGAACACCUCCUCAGCAACCUUUGCAGCAGUCCCCCGCCGUUGCUAUGGCGUCAGGGUCCCCGUUACACAACUGCGUGGCUCGCUCUCCUCAGACCCCGACCCAGGCUCAGACACAAGCCGCUUCACGGCCUGGCAAUGGAUACAUGAUGAACCCAGGCCCAGGUGUUAGUCAGUCAGGCACCGGACAAGCAGGACCCGGGGUCGCCCCAGGUCAGCCAGUAGGACCAGUAACACCUGAACUUUCCCAUGCAGAGCAGCUAAAAGCAAUGGCUGCUCAGCAACGUGCUAAACUGUUGCAGCAGAAGCAGCAGCAGCAGCAACAAGCAGCAAACUGGUCCCCAGCAGGCCCUCCAACCAGUCCUUAUAAUGCUGGUCCCUUUAACCAAGAUAAACCCAACAGCCCCAUGAUGUAUCCACCGCAAGCCUUUAACACACCGCAGGCCCCUCUUGUGGCUGGAAUGCCCCCCAACAACGGGCCCAAAGCUCCAAUGAACAACUACCUCCCUCACAAUCACAUGAGCUUGAUUGGCCAACAACAGCAGAACAGUAUUGGCCAGAACAAUCUGACCAAACAACAGCAGCAACAACAGCAGCAAACGGCAGCCAUUUUGUCAUAUAACAACACCAAGCCACUGAGUCACUUCAGCGGCAGUGGGGUUGAUCACAGGAUGACCCCACCCAUGGGAGGGAACAGCCAGGUCAAGAACCCCAUGAUGCCUCCUUACAUGGCCGGUGGAGGCCAAGGGGCCGGGCCAGGGCAAACCCAGGGGCCAAUCCCAGGCCAAACAGCCCAUCUGAGUGAGGAGCAGAAGAGAAUGUUGCUUAUGAAGCAAAAAGUGUUGAACCAGAACAUCUCCUACAGCAACAUGCAGCCUCAUGGACAGGAGCAAGGUGUAGUGGGAAUGUCCCGACCACCUGGCGCCAUCCCACCUCUGCACCCUGCCGGCGGUGUGGCAUCAGGAGUGGGGCCUAACCAGGGGUCAGGUCCGCCUCCAGGCUAUGUGGGUAACCAGCAGCAGGCAGCCAUGAUGAAACAGAUGAUGGCGAUGGAGCAGGAGAAGAGGGUGCAGAUGCACAUGAUGGAGCAGCAGAAGCAGCAACUCUUCAGAGAGCAGAGGCAGCAGCAGCAGCAGCAACAGCUACUGGCCGAACAGCUCCAACAGCAGCAUCUCCCAAGACAGAUGGGCCAAGGCCAGAGGAAUCCCUUCCCUCAAGUCAGUCAGUAUCAAGGUCCUCCUCAAGAUCUGGCAUCUAGGAGCCAAGCUCUCCAGAGCAUUCGGGCCGCACGUCUUUUACAACAGCAGCAGCAGAACCAGCAGCAGAUGGUCCAGAUGAGUUCUGUCCAGAGCCAGGGGAGCACCGUAGGACCCCAAGGUGACAUGGGCCUACCCUACAGCACUCAAGGGUCUAACCAGGGUUCUCUCUAUGUGCUCAGCCCCUCCAUGAGCCAAAUAAUCCACCAGCAGCAGCAGCACCAGAGCCAAAGUGUCCAAGCCUCCCUCGGUCUUCCACAGCAGCACAACCCAGCUGGAGGGCAACCCCGGCAAGCAAGCGCCGGUCCUGGGGUUGGGGGUAUGCCUGGGGGCCCUGGAGGCAGUGGCGCUGGAGGCUACGGAGGACAGGGGAUGCUAAUGAACCCCAUGGCCCAGCAACCCCUCAAAGGCCCAACUAAUGCCAAAGCCCAAGCACAAAGACUGCAAAGUAUGCUGGGAGCUGGAGGGGGUGGUUCGCCAAUGGCCGCAGCAGGCUGGCCGCAGCAACAAGGACAGAGUCUGCAAGGCAUGGGGGCAGGCGUUGUAAGGACUACGGGAGCAGGAGGGGACAGGGUUGGCUUCAGCUCCACCCAGGGCUACGGGAUGCAGCCAGGUCAUCCCCCACGUGUGGCCAAGCAACACUUUCAGGGACCAGGCCAGGGGAUGCCCCAAGGGAUGGACCCCAGGGUGGGAAACCCGGCAGCGGUUAUGGGUGGCCCGAUAGGUGCACACAUGGGCGGUCAGCCCAGGACCAACCAGUCUCGGCCCAUGGUCAUGAACCAGGGGUUAAACCAGGGGGUUAUGGGUCCAGGGGUGACUGGAAUGGGGGCGUUCGGGCCAGGCCCUGGGGGGCCGGGCUUAGGGGCUGGUGGGGGAGGUGGACCUUACGGACCCGGGGGAGUUGGCGUUGGUAGUCAGACGCAGGGCUACCAAAGGACAGCCAAUCAAGACAUGUCAUCCUACGGAUAUGGGGGCGGGCCCUCCAGUGGUGGAGCCUUCGGAUUGGGGGAUGGAUCAGGAGCAGAGCUGGACUCAAGCGAGGGUUGGAUGGAGGAGUUUUUCCCCAGCCAGUAGCGUAAAAGAAAACUGGAGAUGAGUUUCUUCUGGAUGAACUAAACAUUUCAAGACACAAAAGGAGUCACUCCGAUGUUAAGUGGUGUCUGUGUAGCUUCUCAGUCAUCCAGGUCAUGGUAAUCCGCAAGUGGAUUUUUGGCCACUUGACUCUUCUUGGUUGGCAGACAUUUAAUUUCCAAAAGGCUUCUUCAGUUAUAAAUCUAAGGUGAGGAAUUUUCUAUAUUUAUGUGUCUGGUGGGUGUUUCCCUUGGGGGUUGUCACAUGAGGGUUGCUGUUACCAGGUGUGGCAUUCAUCCACCUGCUGGUAAAUGGCUCAUUGGUGGCCACUUUACCCAGUGUGUGAGGCAAUCUUUGGACGAGAGAUGUCAGCAUAUUGUUAGGACAAGUGAUGGUGAAAACUUCAUCUUUCUGGUUUGGCAUAGAUGGCUUUCUUCAAGACUUUGACAUUGUUUUCCUCAGUGAAGUGUCCCUUCUCUUUGAACUGCAGACUCUGGACCCAAAGAGGCUGCCCUCCUAAGUUAUGCCAUAAGUGUGUGUGUGUGUGUGCGCGCGCGUGUAGCGGUUGCUUGGUCUCUCCAAUGCAGAGGUCAUAGCACUGCACUGCAUAAACAAUAUUUCAACUGCAGUAAUAACCCUCAUCCCAGGGACACACCCACCAGACCAGAGACAUGAAUAUGGGAACGCUGCAACUUAAGAUUUUGAACCUCAGAAGCCUCUUUAAUUAACCACGAAAACAUCUUUAACAACCAAGAAAAGUCCAGUUGCUUCGAUUCACCCUGUGCGCAAUGUUGAUGGCAUGUUUGUUAGGCGUGUUCACAAAUUGAGUUCAUGUGUUCCAUGUGUGUAUGAGCACUGAGAAAUCAUUUUGUCUUGUGCAUAUUAACGAAAACCCAUAUAGAGAUGAAGAAAUGUGUUUGGCAAAUUCCCUUUUUUUCCCCCAGCGGAAAGAAUGAUUAUUUUCCAGUAUUUUCAAGCAAACCCCGUUUACACUGCGUUUUGAGGCGCAGCUUCAGCAGGGGCUGAUUGAACACAGCAGACUGAUGAAGGGGAAGAAAAAGUUGCCCUCAAGACAGCAGUUUAUUUGUGUUUGUGCCACCCAGCUCAGUGCUUCAGAUCUCUCCACUCUGUGAGGAGCUGAGAGGGAGUCGAAAGUACUCUCAAUUCUCCCAUUUCCUGUCUUCGAAAUGUGCCCCCCAUACACACUCCAAAUAGUUCUUCCUCCCUCUCUUUCUCAGUCUCUUCAUUUAAUCUGUUUCUCUCAUCCUUCUCACCCCGUCCCACCUUUCCUACCGUCUCCUGAGAAUCAUUCCUCGCUCUCAACACUCCGUUCACUGUUGAAAUUGUCAACAUCGCAACAGAACCAAUGAUGUUCCUCUCUUUCGCCGCACGAUUGAGUGUCUCGGCCCUUGCCUGCUUUUUUGCUCAGCAACCGGCUUGUUUUUUCAUGGGAGGGAGGGGGGUAGGUCUUGUUUCUGUGUGCGGCUGCGGAUGACCAGCAUCCAUGGACAGUCGAAGAACACACAGAGAAAGAAGGCAGCUAAAGCAAGUGCAUCCACAUGCAUUUAUAUCAAUUACAUACACACCAACAAAAUAGUAACCUGAGAGAAUGUGCAAGAGGUAGCUGACAUGAUGAAGCCCUCUGCCUGUGUGGCACAACGCAUCAGGCUGACUGAAGUCUAAAUGAUCACUGGGCACCGAAUGUAUCCAAGCACCACAAGUGACUUAUUUUAUUUUAAAAAUAUAUAUAUAUAUAUAUAUAUAUACUCUCAUUAAGCCCACUCCUGUUGUUUUCUUAGUUGCUGUGUUUUACCUCUUAGAAUGACGCUGGUUGUGUCUUUGUCGAUUAAAAGAAGCAAAGUUUAAAUUAGCCUUAUUUUAUUUUGAUUGUCUUUUGGAAAUCUGUUUGUCCUCCAGCCUUCGCUUCCAGUGUGGCACAUCUGCUUGCUACAUCGUGGCUUUUCUUCUGUACCGCAGCAAUGAAACAAAUGUUCUCGCUCCAACUAAAACCUAAUUGUGUUAAGCUGUAAAGCUACUGUGAAGAAAUGCAAGUUGUCCCCCUCUCUUGCGCUUUACGAGGAAAAUAAACCACUGCUAAGUCUUUGGGAUUUAUUCAAUAGAGUGUGUUUGCUUGUUCUACCAUACCUUAAAAACCAUCAUACAGCUUAUGGGGUUAACAGGUGAGAAGCCUCAAGUCUCCAUCUCUGUAAGUGUUUGAAAACAAACACCUUUCACCCUAGCAUGUCGGAAAGUUUCAGUACUUUUCGUGAUAACACCUCUUCUUUCCAUAAUUAUAUCAUUUGUUAAAGGGUGUCUGUGCAUUACUGUGUUGCAGCUCAUCAGUGUGAACGUUUGGAGGAUGACGUUGUAGUUAACAAACCAAAAAGCCUUCUUCCCUGUAAAGUAAGUCCAUGCCAUCAACACAU